GCCGGGGCCGGGGCCGGGGCCGGGGCUCGGGGCCGGGGCCGGGGGCGGGCGGCGGGGCCCGCCGGUCGGCCGGCGCCAUGGGCACGGUGCUGUCGCUGUCGCCGAGCUACCGGAAGGCCCCGCUGUUCGAGGAGGGGGCGGCCACGGUGGGGCACUACACGGCGGUGCAGAACAGCAAGAACGCGAAGGAGAAGGGCCUGAAGCGGCACUCGCUGAUCUCGGUGCUGCCCUGGAAGCGCAUCGCCGCCGUCUCCGCCAAGAAGAAGAGCUCCAAGAAGGUGCAGCCCAACGGCGGCUACCAGAGCAACGUGACCCACCUCAACAACGAGAACCUGAAGAAGUCGCUCUCCUGCGCCAACCUCGCCACCUUCGCCCCCCCGCCGCCCCCCGCCGCCGCCGCCGCCGCCGCCGCCCUCGCCUCGGCGCAGAAGGCGCCGCCGGCCGCGCCCGCCGCCGCCGCCGCCGCCGCUACCCCGCGGCGGGUGGUGGUGCAGGCGUCCACCAGCGAGCUGCUGCGCUGCCUGGGCGAGUUCCUGUGCCGGCGCUGCUACCGGCUGAAGCACCUCUCGCCCACCGACCCCGUCCUCUGGCUGCGCUCCGUGGACCGCUCGCUGCUGCUGCAGGGCUGGCAGGACCAGGGCUUCAUCACGCCGGCCAACGUGGUCUUCCUCUACAUGCUCUGCCGGGACGUCAUCUCGGCCGAGGUGGCCAGCGACCACGAACUGCAGGCAGUGCUGCUCACCUGCCUGUACCUCUCCUACUCCUACAUGGGCAACGAGAUCUCCUACCCGCUCAAGCCCUUCCUGGUGGAGAGCUGUAAGGAGGCCUUCUGGGACCGCUGCCUCUCCAUCAUCGACCUCAUGAGCCCCAAGAUGCUGCAGGUCAACGCCGACCCGCACUACUUCACCCAGGUCUUCGCCGACCUCAAGAAGGAGAGCGGCGCCGAGGAGAAGGGUCGGCUGCUCAUCGGCCUCGACCGGUGAGCGCCCGCCGGCUUCCCCCCCCGGGGAUGCUCCCGGCCCCGGCCCCGGCCCCGCUCCCCGCCCGGACACGCUGCGCUCGCCCCGGCCCGGCUCGGAGCUGCUGCCGCUCCCCCGGGGCCCGGCCCUGGCGGGGGGGGA